CUUCCUUCCCAUCUCCUUCCUUCCUUCUUUCCUCCUUCCCUCUCCCAUUACCUUCCUUCCUUCCCUUCCUCCUGCCCUCCCAUCACCUUCCUCCUUCCCUCGCAAGACCGACCCCCCAAAAGGCCGGGGCAGAGCGGAUUCGGAAAGGGGGGGGAAGCGAUGAGCCGCGCCCCCUAAAAUCGCUCUAGGGACGGCCGCCCCCCAAAGCCCCCGAUGCCAGAGAGGCUACGAGCGCCUCCUCCAGGGAGGCCAGUCGGCCAGCGCAGCAGCUCCGCGUUAGUGCUCGCCCUGCGGCGCACCCGGAUCCGGCCCCCGGCGCGUGCAGAGCCGCUGCGCGGUCCUUUUCCUGCCGGGCAUUGGCGAUCGUGGGCGCCACGCGGCCCCCGCGGGGGUGGGGGGAACAGGGCAGGCCGGGGAUCCGAGCCUCCGCUCCAGCCGCGGGCAGCCCGAGAUCGCAGCUCUUGGCCGCGGUGGGAGCCCGGGCAAGGCGGGAUCAGCGUCAGACAACGGGGCAAUGGGAACCCCUGAACGACGCAAAGAAGGAAGCCGCGUUUCUGCCCAGCGCAGCGAGCGGCGGCCGGUCCUGCCACGCGGUUGCGCCGGAGAGGCAUCCCGGGCACCCGUCGGAUGGAGCCCACGCUGGCCGGGCAGCCCGGCAGCGAUCGCUCGGAGCCUUCCACGAACGGGAUGCUGGCUCCCACAUUGCUUGAUGCAGGAAGCGCUUGUCGGGGGAGGAGCGAAAUCGCGCGUGGGGAAGGGAUCCGGAGCGGCAGCCAAUCAGAAUUCCCAGAUCUCCAGCUGGAUCCCACUUCACACGCCCAGCUGUGCCUCCUUGCCGCCUGGCCCCGCCCCCUCCGCGUCAGGACCCGGUUCCCACCAAUCGGGGAAAGGGAAGAAAGGGCGGGGGGGCCUGAGCGAGGCGGGGCCGCGAAAUGGGAGGGAAGGUUCAAAUAGCAGCCCGGGACGCCGGGCGGGCGCGUAAGCCUAGAGCGACCCUAUGGCGGAAAAGUGCGACGAUGGCUUCCACUCCGUCGAGUGCCUGGAGAGGAAUUUCAUGGCUUUGCAAAAGAAAGUGGAAGAGGACUUCGCCCAAGUGGAGAGCAUUCAGAUGAAGAUAAAAGCUUUGAGCACCGACUGGGAGGAACGACACCAACAAUUGAAGGUGGAGCAGGAAAAGGUGACCGAUCUGGAAGCCCAGAUCAAGCUGCUGAACACCAAGCAGGAAGAAGCCAUGGCUUCUCUUCAAGCUGAUAUGCUGCGUGCUGCCAGCCAGAUCCAGCAGAAGGAAGGAUUGGCAGAGGGACUCAGGAGAGAAGUCACCUUCCUGGAGAAGAGGGUGAGAGCGGCCUGCCAGGAGGCCGCUGAGAGUGCUGCUGGACUGGAGAAGGGAGCUCACGAGGCCCGGCUGGCUUUGGAGGCCACUCUGGCCUCUCUCUCCCCACAGCUGGACCGAGAGGAAGUGCUCAGGCAAACCUUGCAGUCCGAGCAGGAGACCCCCCCACCGCAGCAUUGUGAGCAAUUCCUGGGUGGCCAGGACACCAAGUGGCCAGGAGAGGCGGAAGGAGCGGAAGCCGCAGCAGAAGAGGCUCUGCAAGGACAGCCACAGGAGGUAGAGGGUGGCUUCCCGGAAGAGGUGAGCUCUGCAUGGAAGGAUUUAUCUCAGCUUAACGGUCCUUGUGCUGGAGGACAACUCAGUGGCUGGAGGUGGGGACCUCUGCUGAGGACUGGCUCUCGGGACGUGGGACGGAGAGGGACACAAUUGCUCUAGCUUCUUGGCUGCAGCAUUAUUUAAAGCUGAACUGGCAAGGGGGCUGUCUGGAUGACCUCAAGCUUCCCCUUCAGCCAGUGCUGGAGGGGGACGAGGCUGGUUCUUCUCAUCUGUCUGAGGCCGGGUCUUUUGCCUCUGCAGGUCUCUAGGUUCCCUUGAUCUCGACAUCCUCCCCAGCAGGCCUGUAUGUAGCCUGUUCCACCUUCUCACUCACUGGGGUGGCCUCUUUAUCUCAGGGCACGUGGGUGUGGGAGCUGAGGCUUUCCUGUGAGGGCUGGCUGAGAGAACUCGAGAGCCAGGCUCCUGGCGCUGCUUCGGCACUGCUGAUUUCUGGGACGAGAGUCGGACUCUGGGUGUCGUGAGGGAUCACCUGGUGGAGCGUGGGGUGGGUGCGAGAAGCCCGCGAGAAGCUUAGCAGGACCCCCUGGAUGUCAGCCCCUAGGAAGGAAAGCCCCACCGAGCACCCUCAAGCAAAAUGACCGGGAGAUUUUGCAACACUAUUC